CAAUAACAACAUGGCCGCUCUCUGUAGAGGCAGGCACCGGUGGAAAAGGACUAACUGUUUUCAUGUUUUGACAAGAAACCUGACAGGGAAGUAUGACUAUGACCUGGUGGUUAUUGGUGGUGGUUCAGGAGGCCUCGCCUGUUCCAAAGAAGCUGCACAGCUGGGACAGAAAGUUGCUGUUCUAGAUUAUGUGGAGCCAUCUGUCAAAGGUACCAAGUGGGGUCUUGGUGGUACUUGUGUUAAUGUUGGCUGCAUUCCUAAGAAGCUCAUGCACCAGGCUGCUCUACUUGGCACCGCAGUCAAAGAUGCUAAGAAGUAUGGCUGGCAGAUCUCAGGGCCAAUCUGCCAUGACUGGGCCACCAUGGCAGAGGCUGUUCAAAACCAUGUGAAGUCUCUAAACUGGGGUCACAGAGUUCAGCUCCAGGACAAGAAGGUGAAGUAUCUGAAUAUCAAAGGAAGUCUGGUGGAUGAACACACUGUUAAAGGACUAACUAAAGCAGGGAAAGAGACAACCUUGACGGCCAAGAACAUUGUGAUCGCCACGGGUGGACGGCCCAACUACCCCACAAAUGUCCCAGGAGCAAUGGAGCACGGCAUUACCAGUGAUGACAUCUUUUGGCUGAAAAAGUCACCCGGAAAAACACUUGUGGUUGGAGCCAGCUAUGUGGCUCUGGAGUGUGCAGGCUUUCUCACUGGCGUUGGCUUGGACACCACAGUGAUGGUUCGCAGCAUCGCCCUCCGGGGGUUUGAUCAGCAAAUGGCAGGUCUAGUGACAGACUACAUGGAGGCAUAUGGGACCAAGUUUGCAUGGAAGUGUGUCCCACAGAGAGUGGACAAACUCUCCUCUGGAGCCCUGCAGGUGACCUGGACUGACACCCUCACAGGAAACGAACACAAGGACACCUAUGACUCUGUGUUGUGGGCAGUUGGCAGAGCCCCUGAAACCAAAGCCCUGGGCCUGGACAAGCUUGGUGUGCAACUCAAAAAGGAGACGGGGAAAAUAGUUGUGGGCGCCGACGAAUCCACCUCGGUGCCAAACAUCUAUGCUUUUGGUGACAUCGGAGAGGGUCGUCCUGAAUUGACCCCAACAGCCAUUAAAGCUGGAAAGCUUCUUGCCCGCAGACUGGCCGGUCACGGCACUGAACUCAUGAACUAUGACAAUGUGCCCACCACAGUGUUCACCCCCCUUGAGUAUGGCUGUGUAGGUCUAUCUGAGGAGGAGGCUGAGAAGAGGCAUGGAAAAGAUGGCCUAGAGGUCUACCAUGCCUUCUACAAGCCUCUGGAGUUCACUGUCGCCGAGCGUGAUGCCAGCCAGUGUUACUUAAAGGUGGUAUGUGAGCGGGGUGGAGACCAGAAGAUCCUGGGUCUGCACUUCACUGGUCCAAAUGCUGGAGAAGUCACACAGGGCUUUGCAAUGGGCCUCCAGUGUGGAGCAACAUAUUCCCAUCUGCUGCAGACAGUAGGCAUCCACCCGACCUGUGCUGAGGAGGUGGUCAAGGCCAACAUCACAAAGCGGUCCGGCUUGGACGCCACGGUAACCGGCUGCUGAGGUUAAGCACCUCGGUCUCUGAACACUAGGGAGCACACAUGGUCCCUCUAGGGCAGUAGAAAGAAGUUAUCCUGGGUUUCUCCUGCUCUUUCUCUUUGUCCAUCUCCUUAUACAUGGCCCCAAAAUGGCCCCCAGUUUCACAUUGCUCUCUGGGAUUUUGCUGCACCUCUUGUGCAAUGGGUCAGUUAUGUAGGUCAUCACUGACUGCCCGGGUUAGUGUCACCAACACAUCAUUUGGUAACCAAGACUAUGAUUAUCUCAUAAACGUGUAUGUUAUGAGUGUAUCCUGUGAGAGCACAGGACUACAGAUCAGGUUAGUGAGAGCCCUGGCCGCAGAGUGAGCGUCUUUUAAAUAAACAGGUUCAUCAAUCAGGAUUAAGGCCUGUGUUCAGGGUUUUGUUAAAACUGUACAAGAACCAUGGACCGAACCCAAACGUUUUUCUGAAUAUAUAUAUUCUGCAAAUAUUGUUGUUUCUCUGGCUGUACUUCCUGUCCAUUAGUCUUGGAGGUGACACAUACCAUACACCCCCACAGCCCCCCCCCCCCAUGACACUGAUGGAUGGCCCCAGGGCCGUCGCUGAAGCGACACCGCCCCAUUUCCCAUGGACACACACAAACAGUCGGUGGGCCGCCUGUCAGUCAGCCAGCCGAGACCUGGCCAGGGAGCCCCGGCUGGUUUACAGCCCAGCAGACUCCAGACCCUUUACUUUUCCUCCCAUGCCCUUCUCCAUCCCAAUGUAUGAAAGAAUACAGUGAGACUUCAAACAUGUGCUGUGAAACGCCGUGUGGAUGCCACAGCAGGCACAGGGCAACUCUACCUGUUGGUAACAGUGCUGUGAGAGUUCUGCUUUAACUGUACUACCCAGCCUCACCCAAAGGUGGCACUGUUGCCCUCCAAUUCUACCCCUAUUUUCUGAGCCCAGAAUGGAAGACAGUACAAAGCAGUCAAUGGAUAAAACAUAAGCCUGAAUACAUUCAGGUUGCACAUUUAAUCCCUUUAAUCCCUAUAAAAGAUAGGUGCAUUUGGAUGACGUUUGAAAGCAGACUGGCUUUAGUGGUGCCAAACUGAUAAGGGUUAUCUGUUGUGUUUUUACAUGGAUGGCAGGUUAGGCCUAAAGAGUCAUCACCCUUGAAGAUAAGGCAAGUUGUUUAUAUCAAUAAAGCAGUAAUAGGCCCUCACAGUUUGCCAAAGUGCUCAAAUGUUCAAGCUGCUGGCUGCACUGGACAUCUUGGGUUUAUUAAGUAGAGGAUGAGGAGGAGGAGGAGGGCUGUCAAUAAAGUGGGUUGCUAAAGAAAUCGGGGGACCUGAGAGAAGGCUGCUGGGCGUAGUUUAUUUUUAUUUGAAGUCUAAUCUGCCCCGUCUGAUUAAUGAUUUCGAUGAGGGGAGUGACAGUGUGCCAGGAGAUGGAGAGAGGAAAAAGAGAGAGAGAGAGGUACCAGGUUUAUUUGGACCUGGGCCAGAGGAGAGAGAGCUGAGUUUCAGUCCUGGUUAGGGAGGGAAGGGGGAUUCCUGUGUGCUCUGUUCAGGGCCGAGGUGCUGACUGAAGGACCCUGACCUCCGCUCAGCAGCAACAGCUUGACUCUAUCACUCGGAGCACAGAGGGCUCACAUGCUACGGCGCUGCACGGCAGGGGCCUGGGGGGCUCAGGGUGGAGGGGGGAGGAUGGCAACAGGACGGACAGAACCAACCAACACAACACCGAGCAGUAGCAGUGUGUUUGCCCUGGGUAAUUGAGUCUAUGUUCCUGUGCUUAACAAGCCACUUCAGAGACCUCGGGGUGGGCCUAAGGCAAUGUGAAGGAAGUUAUUGAGGCCAUCAGUGUAACUGUAAUGUCUGUUUGCUUUUCACUCUCCACUUCCACUGUGUUUUUUUCAUCUGCUCUAUAUCUUUUACACAGUAUUGCUGCUCACACGCACAAAAUGAAAUCAUCAUUAUUUAUUUUUUAUGAUGUGUCUGUCUAAUAUGAAUAUCUUUUCGUUGUUGCUGAUCCGUCACUCCAGGCCCAAGAUUUGACCAGCUUGCCUCAGCUGUGCCCCACAGGGAGGUCAGGGUUCAACUUUCAGGUCAGCCAGCUAAUGAUGACCUGCACUAAAACCCAAAACAGGGGAGUGCAGGCCUGAUGUCACCUGGCUGCCAACUGUAGUAGUUGUAAAUAGAGAAGUGUAAUUUUCCAUUAAAGCUUUUGUUAUACAUAAUUUAUAUGUAAAGUAAUAACACACUGGAAUGCACAGUGUCACUAUUAAAGUAAUGAUGUU